UGUUGUGAUUAGGAAGCUCAAAAUUCUAUGUCAAAAAGCCCAAAAAGCCUCUCUCCCGAUUUACCAGACUUGAACUUAUAAGGCGGACCUCAUUAAAACCAGUAUUAUUGAUUUGUAAUAUUAGUCAUUUUAACUACUUUCGAGUUUCCAGCGUUUGGAGCUACACCCGCAUGGUUAAAACAAUAACAGUCGAUUAAGAACUACUUCUGAUCGUUGCAAGAUUUACAACCAUGAAGCUUGUCCGGUUUCUGAUGAAGUUGAACAACGAAACAGUUAACAUUGAACUCAAGAAUGGAACUGUAGUCCAUGGGACCAUUACGGGGGUUGACAUAAGCAUGAACACACACUUGAAGACAGUGAAACUAACGCUGAAGGGGAAAGCUCCUGUAACACUUGACCAUCUCAGUGUCAGGGGAAAUAAUAUUCGGUACUAUAUUUUGCCUGAUAGCUUGAACCUGGAAGCACUGCUGGUGGAAGAUACACCAAGAAUCAAGCCAAAGAAGGCAGCUGCUGGCAAACCUAUUGGUCGUGGGCGUGGACGAGGAAGGGGCCGUGGCCGUGGUCGUGGGCGGUAACUUGUAUUAUGUAUUUGAGAGUUUCAAUGAUAGUACUUGGUUGUACAAAAAUAUUGCAAGUUCUUUUUGAACUUUCUGAUCUAAUCUGUACCACUCUAUGUUGCUGUUUGAGUAUUUUCUCAGGAUGUGGCAAUUUCUAUGAAUUAAUGUUUCACUUGGGGCUACUUUCUUGGUCCUUAGAUCACAAUGAUUGAGUUGAAAUUUCUUGCAUGUUAUUACUAAA